CCCAAGAAAACGCAAAAAGCGUAACAAAGCAAUCGAUAAUCUAUACUGUACAUGGGCUUUGCUUUUCAUAUUUCAUGUAGCUCAUUUUUUGACCACCAGAAAUCGUGGGCUUUCACAAAAUCAUGAUUGCUGUUUCUGCUUUCGUGGGCAUUAAAGCUAGGGUUCUUCUGCCAUUAUACUUCCAAGAUUCUUGCUUGACACUGUUAAUUGUACUCUUAAGUGUUUAUUGCACCUCAUUUAGUUUUAUUUGCUCAAUGUAAAGUUAAUUUCUUCUGCAUUCUGUUGUUAAAGUUCGGAUUUUGAGUAAAAGAUUGUUAUUUGAUUUAUUCGCUCUUGAGUGAUAGUAGUUUUAUGUAUGCUUGUCUCGCAUAACCGUUGGUUUUAUUUUUCGUUAUUGGUGGGUUUGUGACUGACUGGCAAGAUUAUGCUAUGUAGUGAGAAAUGAGGGGUAGGAUUGUUGAGAGAUGGGGUGUGUUUUUGGGAGAGAAAUUUCACCAUCUGGGCCGCAUAAUGGCAAUGCCGUAGUUGGAAAUGGCAGAGGCCAGGGAGGAGAGAGAGAGUUUGCUGUGGAGUCAGGGAGGAGCCCGAAAAUAGUUGGUGGUUCAGUGAGUACGGGAGAGGAGGUUGAUGGUGAAGUUCAGAAUGGUGGGAAUAGUGAGGAGGAACAGAAGGAUGGGAACAUGAGGCGAUCAAGAAACGAGAAGAGGAGGUCGAGGCUGAAUCCUAGGUUAAGUAAUCCCCCUAAGCAUAUUCAUGGUGAGCAAGUUGCUGCUGGGUGGCCGCCUUGGCUUGUGGCAGUUGCAGGAGAGGCUAUCCGAGGGUGGAUUCCUCGUCGGGCUGAUACAUUUGAAAAGCUUGACAAGGUUGGGCAAGGAACUUAUAGUAAUGUGUAUAAAGCUAGAGACACUAUAACAGGAAAGAUUGUUGCACUAAAGAAGGUUAGAUUUGACAAUUUGGAGCCGGAGAGCGUGAGGUUUAUGGCUAGGGAGAUUUUGAUUUUGCGACGUUUGGAUCAUCCAAAUGUGGUGAAAUUGCAAGGAUUAGUGACAUCAAGGAUGUCAUCUAGUUUGUAUUUGGUGUUUGAUUACAUGGAACAUGAUUUGGCUGGCCUUGCAUCGAGCCCUGGAAUAAAGUUCACAGAGCCUCAGGUAAAAUGCUAUGUACAUCAGCUACUGUCUGGUCUUGAACAUUGUCACAAUCGCUAUGUGUUGCAUCGUGAUAUUAAGGGGUCCAAUCUCCUAAUUGAUGAUGAAGGAGUUCUUAAGAUUGCUGAUUUUGGAUUGGCGUCCUUCUUUGACCCAAACAAUAAGCAACCGAUGACUAGUCGUGUGGUUACUCUUUGGUAUAGGCCUCCGGAGCUGCUUCUUGGUGCCACUGAAUAUGGUGUAGGUGUGGACUUGUGGAGUGCUGGGUGCAUUUUGGCUGAGCUAUUUGCUGGGAAGCCCAUCAUGACGGGGCGGACAGAGGUGGAACAGCUGCACCGGAUCUUUAAGCUAUGUGGUUCUCCAUCCGAAGAAUAUUGGAAAAAGUCGAAGCUUCCUCAUGCAACUAUAUUCAAGCCCCAGCAAGCAUACAAAAGAUGUAUAGCAGAGACAUUCAAGGAUUUCCCGCCAUCAUCACUGCCUUUAAUCGAGACUCUGCUUGCAAUUGACCCUGCUGAUAGGCAAACUGCUACAGCUGCAUUGAGAAGCGAAUUCUUCACGACCAAACCGUAUGCGUGUGACCCUUCCAGCCUUCCGAAGUAUCCACCAAGUAAGGAGAUGGAUGCUAAGCGUCGGGAUGAAGAAGCAAGAAGGUUACGAGCUACAAGUAAAACACGCGGUGAUGUUGUCAAGAAAACACGGACACGCCAUCGUGCAAUCCGAGGAAUCCCAGCCCUUGAAGCCAAUGCGCCGCUACGGGCCAAUCUUGAUAGGCAACGACUAAUCACCCAUGCAAAUGCAAAGAGCAAAAGCGAGAAAUUUCCUCCUCCUCACGAAGAUGGGGGACUCAUUCAUCCUUCCGGAUCUCCACAUUUCGUCGAUCCAGCAUUUGAUCCUCCUGACAUCCCAUUCAGCUCCAUGAACUUCUCAUACUCCAAAGAACCCAUCCAAACCUGGUCAGGCCCGUUGGCGGACCCUGCUGGUGUCGGCGCUUCAAGAAGAAACUUGAAGCCAUCAAAGAAGGAUAAUUGGAAAGAUAAUCGCUAUGUCUUGAACAAGCAUCAAGAUAACAUGUAAGAUAACAUUAUCCCGCUCUUCACAAGAUUGAAAUUUGCUCAUACUCAAGCUGGGAAAAUAUUGAGUUACUUUAGUUGUAACAUUCUUUCGCCGGUAUUACUGCUUCCUUGUCUUUCAUAUUUCUUGGGAUGGUUUUGUAAAUGCUAAAAGUUUUCUUCCUUCCAUUGGAAAACAGUAAACUAGAUCUAGGUAUUACAUUGAGAAAAGUUGUCUUGGUGUUGUAUUGGUUUGUCCAUACGUAAGUCAUGUUGCAUUCAGAUAGGAACAUAUUUUUUUUGUAUCCAAACAGGCCUUAUACAUGUUUAUUUCUAAUUCAUGAUUUUGCCACCA